AUGGCUUUGGAGUUAACUGUGGCUGAGGCUAAACGCAGCACAGAUCCCGUCUCCAAAAACUGGGGUGUUCUCUCCCAGCCGAUGCGGGCUCUCAUUCGCUCUAUGCGGCUGAGGCGUCGCUUCGGGGCAGGACUGCCCGUGUCGCCAAGUCCGGGCGCGCGGCGGAGUAUUCCCCAAGCUUCUUUGAGCCUUGAGAACCUUGCCAUUGGCUCUAACCAAGAUAAUCCGGCAAGUCUAAUUGCAAGCGAAGACUUUUCGUGUCGGUUCCGUCCACCGUUGUUCCGUGGGACACAUCGCCACCAGCGAGCGAACUUUUGA